AUGGCGGGCACAAGGUUCGCGUAUGUGCGCAACUUUGAGCUGCCAGACAGCGUGAUUCCGGACACAUACCUCGUCGUACGCAUCGACGGCAAAGGGUUCCACAAGUUUUCCAAGGCGCACUCGUUUGCCAAACCCAACGACCCGCUCGCUCUCGAGCUCAUGAACCAAGCCGCCCGCUAUGUCAUGGCUUCCUUGAAAGGACAUGUUGCGCUGGCAUUUGGCGAGAGCGACGAAUACAGCUUCCUACUUCGCAAAUCCACAACACUCUACAGUCGACGCAACAGCAAGAUCACGACGCACAUCGUGUCGCUCUUCACCGCAGCAUACGUGUUCAACUGGACUCACUUUUUCCCAAAUCGCCCGCUGCUGCAUCCGCCGAGCUUCGAUGGCCGCAUGGUGGUCUAUCCGAACGAGAGGGUGGUCAGGGACUACUUCAGUUGGAGACAGGCAGACACGCAUAUCAACAAUCUGUACAAUACGGCCUUUUGGGCGCUCGUGCUCAACGGUGGGCGUACAGAACAGGAGGCGACCAAGGAGCUGGAGGGGACUGUAGCGGCGGAUAAGCACGAGAUUCUGCAUACCAAGUUCGGGAUCAAUUACGAUCAGCUCGAGCCGAUGUAUCGUAAAGGCACUACGCUCGUAUGGGCACCUUCUUCCUUACCGUCUACCUCGCACCUGGAUGAGGGGGCGCCAGAAGCAACGAGCAGCACACCCGACGCGGACGCUGCGGCAGCAGAAGACGACGCUCCUCUCCUCGCCAAUCCAAAAGACGAAAAGCUGCGUCUCAAGCUCUCCCGCAAAGGCGCUGCCAAACAAGCACGCAAGCAGGAAAAGAAGGACAAGAAGGCGAUGCUGUCGGUACUGCGCACACUGCACUGCGAUAUCAUCGGCGACGACUUCUGGCAUCCCGCCGCCCAGCCAUCUCCACCACCGUCCUCAACAGCAGCAACACCAGCAUCAGCACCAACACAGCCAAUAGACUCCCCCUCAACCAGCAGCGGCGACGCGGACAACAUCAGCAGCUCACAACCGUGGAACGAUCCUUCACGACUCAACGGUGCCGGAUUGGGCAUCUCUAUAUUUCUAGAUUGA